AUGAGCGCCUCGCCUCGGCUUUGCUCGCCGCGGCUUCGCUCAGUUUCGCCGGUCUUGGAUGUCGCGGCGAAGAGGCUCUUCUCAGCCUCGGCGGACGACCGGUGCCUGCGGAACUUGACCCUCAAGAACGACAAGGCCGAAGACGACCCGAGGGCCCGAGCAGUGGUUCAGUCGCGCUUUGCAUCCCACAGGCUCUCGCAGUGCCGGGGCAAGUUGGCCACGGUGGCUGGACAUCUAACGGCGGCCUCCAAGGUGGGCACUCCCUGCCGCGUGGAGGUCGCCAGGCUUCUCCAAGAGUUGGCGUGGCUGCUGGCGGAUUAUGUCUCGCUGCCCAGCCCCCGGAGCCCGCGGAGCCCCCGAAGUGCCAGGCGCGACGGCUCGUUUCGGGAUGUGGCAGGGUCAGUUUGGCUGGAGAAGGCACAUCAAAGCGCAAGAGCUUGGGCACUUGCUUGGGUGUACUUGAGCACCCUUUUGCGUCCUUGUAGCCGGUGCAGGUCUAGAGAUGCUUAG